UGUAUUAAUUUAUCGAAGGCUGCAACUCGUAAAUCCUCGAACUCAUUGGAGCUCUCUCUCUCUCUCUCUCUCUUAUUUCUCUCUGCCUCCCACGAGAUCCGAAACCCAUCACACUCGAAAUCCAUCGAUUUCAACUCGCAGAGAUCUCUCUCUCUACCUCAACCUCCUUCGCGAGAUCUUCUCAGCCCCCAAAACGCUGCGUUUCGAUCGGGUUUUCUUCUUCCUCUCUCCGCCUUCGAAAACCUAAAUCAAAACUACUCCCCCCUCUAGGGUUUCCACGGGCCCAUUGAAACUUAAUCUUCCUCCCCAGGUUUUUAUCAAAAUUGUUUGAAUGACCUUGCGGCAACAAUUGAAACAUGACGUCGAGUAUGUUGUCUGGGGAUCGGAGGUGGGCUUCUGCCAGAAGAGGUGCAAUGACUGUUUUAGGGAAAGUCCCGAAGCCUAUAAAUUUACCCAGUCAGAGGUUAGAAAAUCAUGGUAUGGAUCCAUCUGUGGAAAUUGUUCCCAAGGGCACUCUCAGUUGGGGCAGUAGAUCAUCAUCUGCAUCAAAUGCAUGGGGUACCUCAUCACUUUCUCCAAAUACUGAUGGUGGCACCACUUCACCAAGUUAUCUCAGUGGCCACAUUUCUUCAGGAAGUGGCACUCGACCGUCAACUGCUGGUAGUGAAAAAUCUCAUGAACCUGCUGCUAGCGCGUGGGGUCCAAACUCUAGGCCAUCAUCGGCCUCUGGGGUAUUGACAUCAAAUCAGACGUCACUGGCAUCAUUGCGCCCUCGCAGUGCAGAACCAAGGCCUGGUAGUUCACAGUUGUCAAGAUUUGCUGAACACUCUGAACAUCCAGUGGCAUGGAAUGCUCCUGGGACUGCAGAAAAAUUGGGAGUGACGUCAUCAAAGAAUGAAGGGUUUUCUCUCACUUCUGGUGACUUUCCGACUCUUGGUUCAGAAAAGGAUAAUUCUGGAAAGAAUGCUGAGUCUCAAGAUCACAGUGCUUACUCUCGCCCUGGCUCAUCUUCUGGUGGUGGAGUGGCAAAAGAGACAACUGGGACUUCUGUAGUUGGUGAUAUCUCUGUAAAUGCAAGUGUGAAGAGUGGAACUGGUAAUUCAUGGAAAAGAGAGAAUCCCUCAUACAAUGAAGAUGGAGGUAGACCUGGUAUGGAGAAGUGGCAGGGAAAUCCCCAGCCUUACCCUGGUGCUAGUGUCCCGCCCCAACAUUAUGAUGCAUGGCAUGGUGGUCCUGUUCACCCGCAAGGUGGUCCAGUACCUCACCCCCAAGGUGGGGUUUGGUUUAGAGGUCCUCCAGGGGGUCCUCCUUUUGGAGCCCAGGUCCCUCCUGGUGGCUUCCCAAUGGAACCAUUUCCAUAUUAUCCUCCACAAAUUCCAGCUGCUGCUCUUGCGAACCCACAGCCUGUUCCUCCAACUGGAGCAGGACCAAGGGGACACCAUCCUAAAAAUGGAGAGAUGUACAGACCUCAUAUGCCAGAGGCAUAUAUCCGCCCCGGUAUGCCAAUUAGACCUGGAUUUUACCCUGGUCCUGUGGCCUUUGAGGGAUAUUAUGGUUCACCAAUGGGAUAUUGCAAUUCAAAUGAACGAGAUGUCCCAUUUGUGGGAAUGCCAGCUGGUCCUCCCGUCUAUAACAGGUACCCUAGCCAAAGUGCUCCUGAGCCUGGCAGACCUAGUGGAUAUGGUCCCACCAGCCAAACAGGGUUACCGGAGAAAAUAGCAUCUGGUCAUCCACAUGAUACACGUGGACCAUACAAAGUUCUUCUGAAGCAGCAUGAUGGUUGGGAUAGAAGAAAUGAAGAACAGAGAAGUGAGGUUGCUGUAACAACCAAUGCGUCAUGUCUUGAGAGUGAGGACCAACCAAGAGCAUUGUCAUUGGAGAAUGAUUGGAGAUCAGAUCGCAGAAAGGAGGGAGAGAGGGAUCGAAGGAGUGAAAGACCUGCUUCGCAGAAUUCUGACCGAGGAGCUUCUUCUGCUCGUGUCAAAGUCAAAUCCCCUGAAAGUUUGGGUAAUAUGAGGGCAGCUGAUGCCAUUCCAGUGAAGAAAUUGGAAACUGAAGCCUGUGGCACACAAGAUAUUGCACAAACACUCUCUGCAAAAGACCCCAGUCUGAUUCAGAAAAUAGAGGGAUUAAAUGCCAAAGCACGAGUUUCUGAUGGACGAGGUGAUACUGCAUCUGUUUCCAUUAGGGAGGAGCAAAGGAAGACAUUCCAAGUCAACCCUAAAUCUAACAGUUCAGUAAAUGAAACAGGUAGUGGCUCGGCCACUGAAAUCAUAAAUUCCUCUCAUGAAGUCAGCAGUGGAAUUUCUGUCUCCAGGGGACCUGCUCAUGGCAUGCAUGGUAAAUCAGAUAAUCGUGGUAGAGGAAGGUUUAAUAACCAAGAAGGCGACGGCUGGGGGAAGAAAUCCUUGGUCUCUGAACCAACAUCUGUGGUGUCAACUGCAAAUUCAAAAGUUCCUUCUAAUGUUCAUGUGCAUGACCACCUUGCGUCCAUGGAAGCUACUGAAAAGUCUGGAUCUUAUCCACAAGGCAGACGUGAAGACGACUCAUUGACACCAAUGUUUGAUCCAAAUGAUUCUGAGGCACAGCGUGCUAAGAUGAAGGAGCUAGCCAAGCAACGUACCAAACAGCUUCAGGAGGAAGAGGAGGAGCGGACAAGAAGGCAGAUGGCGAAGGCUCGAGCAAAAUUAGAAGAGUUGAACAGACGUACUCAAGUGGUGGACGGUUCAAAUCAAAAGUUUGAAAAUUCCUCCAGUGGUGAUGUCCAGAGUAAACAAGAAGAAUCUCAAACUUCUGGUGAACCAUUAGUGGCCGGUAGGAAAUAUGAUCCACAAGUCCCAGCUUUCGGUUCUAACCUCAAUGCUGUUGAACAGAUUAAAGAGUGCAUCAGUGUUGAAGUUGCAGAAUCAACUGUUCCAUCAAUUGAGCUACCUUCGGAGAGGCCAAAGAGUGCCUACAAGGAGGAGCCCAUUUUCAUGCAUGAUCAACCUGUGCCUUUGCAGCAGCAGGUUACUAUUGCUAAUACUGCUCAUCACAACACUGCUUCCCAGGCUCAUGAUAACAGUAUCUCAAGGCAGAAGCAGGCACCUAAACAAAAGCAGAACACUCGGUUGGAAAAGAAGUCUAUUGGGAAGAAUACUUCCACUAGUAUGACUGACACACCAAAUAGCCAGACAGAUACAGUGGUUAAUGUGUCCUCAUCUGGUGGAGUUGGAGCUACUUCAACCGCAUUGAGUACUGAGUCAAGCCUGACUGCAAAUUCUGGUGGAGUUGGAGCUACUUCAACCGCAUUGAGUACUGAGUCAAGCCUGACUGCAAAUUCUAGUGCUAUACUUGAGUCAUCUUCUCAUCCAAGAAAGAAAAAUAACAGAAGUGGCAAGAACAAGCAGAGAGCAGAGAAUUCAUCAUCUGUGGCUGCUAUAUCAUCAUCUAUAUCAAAUGAUACAAAUCAUGCAAACACCACUAUAGAAACUGGAAAACCAAAUGUACCUAAUGUGGAUUUAGAUCCUAGCUCAGUUCAGUCACAGACCUUUUCUAGGGAUGCAUAUCAGUCGAUGGAGCAGCACUUGUCUCUACCAAACGAAGAAUCUCAAGGUAGAUUAAGUGGCCAGUGGAAACCUCAGCAUUCUCGCCGGAUGCCUAGGAAUUCACAAGCAAUCAGGCACUCGGAAAAAUUUCAAAGCAGCGAUGCUGUUAUGUGGGCACCAGUGCGGUCACAGAACAAAACUGAUGUAACUGAUGAUGCCACCCCCAAAACCGAAGCUGAGGCUGUCAGUGCUGUAAAGAGCGACCAUCAAGUGCAAAAUAAUUCAAGAAAUAAGAGGGCGGAAAUGGAGAGAUAUGUUCCAAAGCCUGUAGCUAAAGAAAUGGCACAUCAAGGAAGCACUCAACAAGCAAUGGUUUCUGUAGUGCAUCAGACUGCAAUAAAUGAGAACAUCAGGGGAGCAGAUUCUGGUCCUCCUCAAGGUGUCGAAAAUUCUCAACCUAGUGCUGCAGUGGGAAAAGCAGGUUUUGCCAUAGAAUCCAGGAAUGGGAGUAGCAGGCAAAAUAAGCAGGUAAAAGCACAUGGGUCGUGGCGACAACGGGGAUCAACAGAACCAACCAACACGCAAGGUUUCCAUGAGGAACCAUCAUAUACUUCAAAUGUUGGUCAGAGUGAUAUUGUCUCAGUGACAGAGCAACCAAAGAAUUCUGAUGAUUGGAAUGAUGGAUGGAACAUGCCGGAUGAACCCAACACUGUUGUACCAGUCUCUGCAUCUAUUGCUGUAAAAGAACAGGGAAUACCCGGAAGACGAAAGCAGCAUCCAUUUAAGGGACAAAAAACUGUGGCAAAUAAUCAUGAUCAUGAGCAAAAGAAAAACUAUAGGGGGGAUGCUGACAGAAUCUACACCAAAUCUUCAGCCUCUGAAAUGAGUCAAACAGAGUUACCUUCUGCUUCUAAAGAGAAUCAAGCUGUUGGGGAACGUGCAAUUCCUCAUUGGCAGCCCAAAUCUCAGGCAUUUGCAGCCAAUAAUCAUCGAGGAAACAGGGCUACUGGUCCCCAAGGUGCAGAGCCACUCUCACCAACAACUGACAAAGAUACCACUGAACAUCUGGCUCAGCAUCGACAUGAUCAAUACAAGUCUGAAAGAAACAAUGCAGGGGAAGGACAGAACAGGAGGGAGAGGAAAACAACACACAAGGGACGUCCCGGCUCCCCAAGUCAUGGUCCUGUCAGCCCAGUCGAACUGGCUCCUCCUAGUAUGGAUGCUAGACAAGAGCAUCAGUUUCAAACGGGGUUUCGAAGGAAUGGAAACCAAAACAACCGUUUCAGCAGAGGGCAAGAGUCUCGUGGGGAUUGGAAUUACUCGGGGCAUGAUGGUAGGCAGCAAAACCCCCCUGCAAAUCGGGACAGGCAGAGGCACAGUUCCCAUUUGGAGUACCAGCCAGUUGGGCCAUACAACAGCAGUGACAAAUUUAACAAUUCCGAGGGACCUAGAGAAGGUGCUCAGAAUUCAGGUGGUGGAAGGGUCAAGGAAAGAGUCCAGGGUCAUUCGAAACGUAGUGGAGGGAAUUUCCAUGGGCGGCAAAGUGGCACUAUUCGAGUAGUGCCGGAUAUGGAGUAGUGGCUAAAAAAUUAAAGGCUAAAGAUGAGGUCGUCAUUGAUGAAACCGCGCUUUCCCACUUUUGCAUCAUGAGCAGUGGCAGUAGCAGUAGCAGUAGCAGUGGCUUGAUCAUAACUGUUUCCAGCAGGGCUCAUGGCGAAGUUGAUGGUGUUGCAUUAGUUAGCGUCUUGGAGGUAGUCAGAUUGGCACAUUUCCUUUUCGAUUGAAUGAAUCUGAUGUGAAACAUUGUGAUUUGGUCAUCCUCUGUUUCCUGUGGAACUGUUUAUCAUUUUAUUUGUUUCUAUUAGCCUUGUAUUUACUUGUAGUGACUCAUAAUUCCGUUGCUUCUAAUAUGGAGCAGCAAGGAAAUGAAAUUAGAGGAAGUCUGGUUCUUUACCUAUUCCCUAGUCUCAUUACCCGACUGACUGCUUUUCUUUGUGCUCCUUACCUUUGUUGAUCAGUAGAAUGUAAAGUUUAAUUCUUGAGUU